UGCUGUGCAGAAUCCCAACAGGAGAGAUGAAUUCGCAGAACUCUAAUCUCAACAUGAGGUUGACAUCACUGGAGUAAAUCCCAGCAACCCGACCAGGGUUCAUCUUUGUCUGCUCUCAUCUAAACCUCCAGUCUCGUCCAAUCGCCAUGUCUUUCUUGCUCAAAAAGUUCAGCGACUUCCUCGGCAUCUCGGACCCCGAGUAUGUCAGAGCACCUCCCCUGGACGGUGAGAUUAUCUACUGCAAGAACAACGUCUGUGUUCACCCUCCGUCCAAUCUAGCUAAAACGGCCGAACACUACCCAGGUUACCUCACCCUUAGGUCCCAAGGUAACGGACACAAGGUUUCCUCCUUGAUACUCACCUGGAUUCCUAACUCCUCUCUGGAUAAACCAAGGAGGCGCUCCCAAAGGAGCUCCUCUGAGACCUCCCCGGUUAAAGAUACAGGAGGCAAGAUAAAUAUUCAAGAGCAUCUAGAUCAGGAGCCUAAUGAUGUAGAUGCCUCUGCGAAACAACUUCCUGUUGAUGCUGGUUCAAACAAUCAUAAUGAUGACAGUUGGGAGGAGGGGCAAAAUACAUCUUCACAAGCUAAUCAGUAUUCUAGACUUGAAUCUGAUGUAGGGAGGUCCUUUGAAGCUGACCAAAGCACUUUGGACCAAAACGGCUUUGUGUCUGGAGACAGUUCUGACAACAAGGAAGAUUGCUCUCCCUUGAAGACUUUUGAUAAACAAGAUGGUGACAACGAUGUUGAUGAGACAAAUAUAACAGACCCUCAGAGUUCUGUCUCUCAAAAACCAGAUGGCACCCGAAGAGCAAGCAAUGUCAGUGGCUCAUCAGAGAGUGACAGCAUCUCAACAGAUGCCCAGCUGGCCCUCCUUCUAGGAGACAAAACCAGUCACAAGGAGCUGGAGAGGCCCCGGGAUCUCAAGGUAGGCCCGUCAAACAUGGAGAACAACUCCAACAACAAAGCCAAAGAUGAAAGCCUCAGCUCCGCCUCUUCCAACCCAAGCUCCUUGCCAUCGCCACUCCGAAGCCUGAUGAGAGAUCAGAUGAUCAGGGACAUGCAAGACUUAGACUCUGAGGAGUGUGGGGCUAGUGUUUCUUCCUCUACCACUCCUACCACGUCCAACCCUGAUCCUGGCUCCCUCCCCUCCAGCCCAGGGAAUGAACCCUUUGACCCCUUCAUGCCCCUCUAUAACCAAAACACGCCCCCGUCACUUAUAUCUCCAGUCAGCCCCCUUGUCACUCAUAACCUCACCUUUCCUGACAACUCGAUCGAGUACAUCUCCUUAGGAUCCAAGUCGCCGCACUUGACUCCCAAGGAGCAGCUGUGUGGCGUGUUCUCAGUGGACCUGAGCCAGAUGAGGUCUCUGAGGGUUUUCUUUAGCAGUGAGAACAGCACCAGCGGUCAGCUUGUCAUCGCUAGCCAGGAGAGUCAGUACAAGAUCCUUCACUUCCACCAUGGCGGCCUGGAACGCCUGACUGAGGUGUUUGAACAUUGGAGGUGCUGUAUUAAACAGAGGAGUAAGAGUAAACUAGCCAGAGACAGCAACCACCUGUACCACAAAUUUACCAUCCUGCAGUCCCGCAUGAAGCUGUCCGAUUGUCACCCAGAGGAGGGCGUGUAUGACGAGGUAUCUGAGGAGAUGUGGUGGUCCUACCUCAACGAGAGAGGGCAGGUGGAUGACAACUAUGAACUCAGAAAGGCCAUUUUUUUUGGCGGUAUCGAUGAGUACCUUCGGCGUGAGAUCUGGCCAUUCCUCCUCCACUACUUUGCCUUUGAUUCCACCCUAGAAGAACGGAACGCCCAGAGAGGGGAGAAGAGGGAGGAGUACGAGGCCAUCAAGCAGAAAAGGUUGACAUUGAGUGAGGAAGACCAGGAGGUAUUUUGGCGUAAUGUUCAAUGUACCGUAGACAAGGACGUGGUACGGACAGAUAGAAGUCAUCCCUACUUCAAGGGUGACAACAACCCUAAUAUUGACAUCAUGAGGGAUGUUUUACUGAACUUUGCCAUCUACAAGCCGGCCAUGGGUUACACACAGGGUAUGUCGGACCUUCUCGCUCCCGUUCUCGCUGAGCUUCAGGAUGAGGCAGACGCCUUCUGGUGUUUUGUUGGCCUCAUGGACAAUAUUAUCUUUGUCAGCUCGCCGAAAGAUGAAGAUAUGGAAAAGCAGCUGGGUUAUUUGAAGGCUUUAAUGAAGCUGAUGUUACCUGAGUUCUGGAGUCAUCUUCUCACACUCACUGAUGCUAUGGAUCUUCUCUUCUGCCACCGCUGGAUCCUACUUUGUUUCAAGAGAGAGUUUAGCGAGCUGGAAGCGUUGAGGAUGUGGGAGGCAUGCUGGGCCCACUACCAGACAGAUUACUUCCAUCUCUUCAUAUGCCUGGCAAUUAUAGCUGUGUAUGGAGAGGACAUUGUACAACAGAAACUGCCUUCUGAUGACAUGCUCCUCCAUUUUAGUAAUCUUGCCAUGCAGAUGAGUGGAGAUCUUAUUCUCAGGAAAGCUAGAGGUCUCCUCCAUCAAUUCCGCCUGCUUCCCCGCAUCCCGUGUACCCUGGACAAACUCUGUGAGACUUGCACCCCGGGUAUGUGGGAUAGUGGCCACACCCCGGAGGUUGAAUGCGUGGGCCUCGGGGUUCACGAAGAGGGCUACAUCUGCCCUCAUAUCAGCUCAGCUGGAAAGUUUAAACAUGUGGGUAUACCUUGAAUACUAUGUACAACGUACAUGUACCCUCUCAGUUCUUUUUGCAUGAGUCCUGACCUUUGUACACUUCAUCCACCAAAUGUAGACUUGUCAAAUUUAAUCCAAAAUGUAAAACUGAAUCGGACUUUGCACAAUCUAGUGAUAUUGUACACUUACCAUGCUUACAGCCAUCUUGUAUUCUCUUCAGUAGAAAAGUUGUCUUAUUAAACUGUAGACGUCAUGUCCAAAUUGGUGGUUAUGGCUACAGCUUUGGCUGGGUCACCAGGACAACAUGCAUUGAAGCAUAGGCUCUUAGCAACAGCCAUAGCCACAAAUUCGGACAACGACUACAAGCUGGAAGCAAAAAGUAGUCUGGCACCUGUGAUGUGCCUACCAGCGCUCUUUCUUGUAUGUAGGAAUACGAGUAGUAAGACCAAGGCAAUGUGAUAAAACUGGUAGACAGGACACUAGAAAUGCAAAUUCAGUCACAUUUUUAUGAGUAACAGUACACCAUUCAUAGACUGUAAGAUCUAGAUAAAACAAACAACACCAAUUGGUAUCAGCUAUGACAUGAUGGUCCAUAUUACACUUUUACUCAUUUUUACCUGAGGUACAUGUACAGUACAUCCAUGUAUCACAGCUAAGCAGACAUUCAGCAUAUCACUGCGCCUGUCCAACCUUUCCAUUUGACCCACUAUAACACAAGCAGUUGUUGAUGAUUGUCUUUAGCAAUGGAUCUUGAGGCCUAAAAAAUUCAGGUGUAGAGUCGAUUUUGUGAAACUGUUUAAAGAAUGAAACUGUUCAACUACUUUUAAUUUGCUUUUUAGUAUAAAUAUCCACAGUUGCACUCUGUUUUGGUUUUAUGAUUUAUCACACUAACCCAAUCAUGAUUUUGCAUUUGCCAUAUGCCAACAAUGUUUUAACUCAAACAGGCCUGAAGUUACAUGGAUGUCAUACGUGUAGAUGCCAUGUCCUUGGUUGAUGUGUUCUUGGCUUUGGCAUUCCUUUAAAUAUUUCCUGUAGAUUUUUGCAACAUUUUCAAAAUGAAAAUCGCGAUGCCCUCUCAAAGAUAGUAUUCCAGGCCUGUGUUUGUAUUGAUACAUGCAGUGAUUAUGUAUGGCUGUGUCUGGAUUGGCGGCUGCAGCUUCAUGGACAUGCCAACAAGCCUUGAAGCGUUGGAUGUCUUUACUAAUAGCCAUAGCCGCAGACGCCUAUUCGGACACAGCCCCACGUAGUGUUAGGAAAAUAAUUGUUUAUGAAACUAACACGCAUUCAAAAAUUUCUUUACUAAUAGCCAUAGCCGCAGACGCCUAUUUGAACACGGCCCUACUUAGUGUUAGGAAAACAAUUGUUUAGGAAGCUAACACACAUUCAAUUUUUUUUGUUUUUUUAACAUUGGACCUAGCCGGCUUGAAUUCUCCACACUUAAUCAUCUCCUCUUGAUUGUUCAACAAUUCACACAGAGUUUUUAGCUUCAAUCUAAUGUCAGACCUGCCAACUCUCCUUGAUUCUGCAGAAAGUUCCCUGAAAAUUAACCAAUCAUUCCAUGUUUUGAUGAACAAAUUUGAUAAUCUCCCUGAUUAUGGAAACUCAUUCUGUUGAAUGUAACUCUACACAAAAUCUGUUGUACAAAAUCUCCCAGAUCGCAAGAUUCAAAUGUUGGCAGCUUUGUAAUGUUAGUUGCUUGGACCUGUACUGAAACUUACACAGCACUUCAUCUGGCAGUACAACUAACACACAACUUAUCACAUCUUGCUGUUCAUUUCACAAGCAGGAAGCAAGAUUUUGAUGUUUGUGCUUUUAGUAAUAACAGCUCAUCAUUGUUGAAAAUAGUGUGCAAUAUUUAUUUGUUGUCCAAAUCUUCCUUUAUUCUCAUACUCCUCCUUUGCCAAAAUUUGUGGAAAAAGUUGAUGUAUUGUUUUGGUUAGUUUUUAUUUUUGAACUGUGUCUGGCGAAGAAGUGUUCAUAAAGUGUAACCCCUCAGCAAUAUUGACAAUGUUACUCUCGAAUAGUUAUGAUCAAAAUGUCCUCCAGUAUCUGUUCGUUUAAAGGUUGGUGAAAAAGCAAACUUUACUGCAUCAGCGGGGUUUGAUAUGUCAACUGGGCUACCAGCCUGAAUCCAGGAAAUUUAGCAGGUUCCAUAACUGGGUUUAAAAGGGCAAAGGGUGUGCCAUGGCUAAGCGGUUAAGAGCACCAGACUCAAUCUCUGGUGUUUUUGAUGAGCAGAGUGUGGGUUCAAGUCCCGGUCCUGACACUUGUGUCCUAGAUACUUUACCCUUUACUAUAAAAUGCAGAUUUAUAGUGCAUUAGCAACUGCUGAAUUUAAAAAAAAAUUGUCACCAACAAAAUUGCUUGUUUUUUUUUCUGUAAUCCUUUUUAGGAAAGAACACAAAACUUUUUCUACAAUUUAUACUGUCUACCUUCAAUUUCUAAUAUUUUUUUUUUUUUAAAGUUCACUUGCAAGCAUUAGAUUUGGAUACCAUCACUUAAGAGCGAUUUUGUAUUCUUUUAACCUUUGGUUUGGACGAGCUAUGGCACCACCCUCACUAUUGAUUUAUAUUGAGUUGAACACUACAAUGAUUUCUUUUGUAUCACUUUGCACAACAUCCUGCAAGAAGUGUUUGCCAAAAAAGCACACUAACAAAGGUCAAAGAAGGGCUCCAAGGUCAAAUACUUUUUCGUGAUGCACUUAACUUAAAAAAGAUAGAGUCCUCAUGAAAGUGGGUUGAAAAUAACAAGGCUCUUACCUCUUGUUAAAAUUGUGUAAAAUGUCAAUUUAUUUUACACUCUUUCCAGAGUGAAAUCGGAACAUGACAUCAACAAACAGCAAAAAACAAAUGGGUCUCAAAAUUGGUUCCAGGGAGAAUUUUUGCACCUGGCAAAGAUCAAAAUCAACGUUUUUAUUAAAUAUCAGAGUAAUGCAGUUUUUUUAAGCUCAAGUUGAGAUUUGUAAUUUGUUCAUUAUUUUUAUAAGGACUCUAUCUACAAUUGGAAAAUAAGGGGAUACAAAACUGAAUUUGACCUUGGAGCCCCUCUAAAAAUAACUUAUAAAUUGUUUUACGUUACUUUGGUUUGCAUUUUGUUCACUUAUUGUCUUUUUUAAUGACACAUAGAGGCAAUGUGUACGUGUAGAAAAAGACGUAACUGUGGUAGGAGAUUGGCCCAAAGGGACAACCUUGCCAACUUCACUCAAUAAAUAUAGACCCCUCGCAUUGGUUGCUCUCACUGCUGGGGUCAAUCAAUGGAAAUGCGCGUGUAUGCAACGCGCAACUCUCAGCCAAUGAUAGGUCUUCAUUGACCUCAGUGAGGGCGCUGUUUUGCUUGUAUUCAUAGUACAUUUUAUCUGACUGAUAUAUAAAAGUAUAUGAAAGCGUAUACCACAUUUGCUAGGUCAAUUUUUGUGCUCAUUUUGGUUUUCCACAAGGGAAACUGACUGGGUAAAUUUCAUUCUAUUUUGAGUGAAUAGAGAAAAGUUUAUAGCUUGAUAUUUUAAAUAAAAAAGUCGCACACCCUUCAGGUUGUAUUAUAAGCUUGGGUGAGAACCUUAGUUAUAUGGAACUUGCAUAUAUUGCAGGCUGGAAUCUGUUUGUCAAACAGUGGAUGAUAUUUAGUGGUCAGACAGUAGGAGGGUUGACUGUACUGUAGAGAUGUAUUUAGCAUGUGGUAGUAUACUGCAUGCUGGCAUCUGUUAUUCAAACAGUGGAUAAUAUUGAAUGAUCCAAUAGUAGGAGGGUUGACUGUGUGCUGGUGUGGUAGAUGCAUUCACCACUUGGUAGCAUGCUUAUGGUGGCAUCUAUAAAAACAGUUGAUGAUAUUGGAUGGUUGGACAGUAGAAGGGUUUGAAUGAAGUUGUAAAAAAAAACAAUUAGUAUAUUUAUAUCUUUCUUGUACAGCUUAAUCAAUAUUUAGCUAUUUAUAUCAUAGAAUUUAGUACUACAUGUGUCUAACACUUUAUAUGAACCAAUUAAACAAAAAUAUGGUGACUUUCAGUUCAACUGUGACAUUUUUAGGUGAAAAUGUAAUGAAAAACUAUACUGUGUGCUUAUAAUUUACUAAUUAAAGGAAAUUACACUGUUGAUAAAUGCCCUGAAAUGUUUCCUUUUAAAAUACACCUGAAUUGUUAUCUGAAUUUCAGUACCAGACCUGGUGCUGGCCAGAUGAAUUGUCAUAUUGAAGAAAAUUUGAUAAAUUUUAAGUUUUUCGCUUUUAGCUUUUGAGAAAGACUCUGCUUCGGUUAAAACAUUAGGCCACUAACUUUUUUUAAUUUUAUUUGGUAAGCAGUUUGCAACAACUGAACUCAAUUUUAAAUUUUUGUUAAAACACUCCACGAACCCCAAUAAUACAUCCUGUGCACCUCCAGUUUGGUCGAAAGGCCAUGACAAUGUCACAAACCUAGCCGCUGCCAAAUUAUGCCUUGCAAACAGUACUGUGAAGAAACAUGAAGAUAGUACUUCAGAACAAGUAUUAUUUUUAGUUCUGAAUUAAUUUUGAUUUUAUUAGUGUACUCGCAAAAUUGGGGCCAAGUUACAAAGCUGCUUAAGCAGACAAUUUUGCUUACAAAUUUUGUGCAUGGCACUUUAAGCAGGAUACCAGGUAUAUGAAAUUUGGCCCCUUAAAAAGUAAAAGACAAUCUUCCAUUUAGAGUAUUUACCUUCCUCGAAGUUCCAAGAUCAAUUUUUCUGUGUAAUUCACUGAAGAUCUCUGUGUAGUAAUUAUAUAGUGCUGAGCACUGCCUUUUAAAGAAAAAUUCUGAAUUUACAUACUAUAUACUUUAUAACUUUUCAAUUCUGAUCGAUGUGUGUACAGUAUAACGCUGCUAUAUUUAUAAGAAAAUAUGUCUUUCUUAACUAUUGGUUGAUCUGUUAGGCCCUGCCAACCUGGGGUGCGUUUUGGCAGUCGUAACCAUGACUGUUUCGGUCAUUGUCAAGUGGUUAACCAAAGGCUAAUUCAGCUGAAACAGUUGUUGGGUAUGACCGCCAAAACCCACCCCUGUCUGUUAACGACACCCAUGUGGGUACGACAAUUGUGUCUUACCAUACACCCACUACAUGGGGUGUAUUUUUGUGGCUGUAAUCUUAGCUGUUUUGGUUGUACUUGCUAUUGGUUGAUCACUAUAGCCAUUGUCUGAGACAGUUAUUGGUUUUGACCGCGAAAACGCACCCAUGCAAAAGGCAUGCCGCUGCAAUCAAAUGGCAGAAACCUGUUUACAUUUUGUUAUGGGAUUUUAACAAAUGAGAACUUUGUAGGGUUUCUGGAUAGAUGUUCGUGGUUGUGAUUGGUCAAUGCAUAAGGAGGCGGCGCUUAAUGGAUCGUUUUUUUUUAUCAAUGUCAAUUUCAUGUGUGCUGCAUGAACGCAACGAUUAUUAUUAGUAUUAUUGUUAUAACCUUGAUGAUAGUGUGGCAUUUUAUAUUUUGAUGCUGUAAAAGAGUGUGUCCUGUCACCUGGGUGCAAUUUCAUGGUACUGGUUACUGCGUUACGCCUGAUUCAUACUUCCUGGGAAUGCGAAGUGAAUUUUGGCGAUGCAAUAAUGGGUAUGCGCUGUUUUUCCAACUGUGACACAAGAAAAUUUGCUUUGCAGGAAGUAUUCACAGGAAGUAUGAACCGGGCUUUAUUUUGUACUUAAUGGCCAAUAGAAUCACAUACUUUGUGAAUGUCGUAAGCGCAGAACUCCAUGGUCUGCAGUGCCGUUAUAUUCGGCCCAGUUCUUUUGCUAUUAGUAACUUUAUAGUUUUUAAAAGUCUAUCCUAUUCACAAACCAUUUUAAUCCAAGUUUUGCACCUUGUUAAACAAAGGGCCAUAAAAAAACAUGAACACCCAAGAUCCUACAGUGGACGUUCCUUUGCUAUUGUAUAAACAAGGAAAGGACAUUCUUAAAAUCAUUUCUAUUUCAUACAUCAACUUUACUAUAAAAGAAUAACUGUGCUUGAGAAAAUGCUUCCGUCAAAAGAAAAAUCAUAUACUUUCAAAAUCAUGGUAAACAUUUUGGGUAUGUGCAUUUUGUCCACCAAACAUCUCAAGAUUCUGCUUUGUGUUGAAAUCUGCUGUUAAUGGCUGCACACACUUUGUACUUUUUUGGCGUAUCGUGGUUGAGCGAGUGAGAGCACCUGACUCAAGCUCUGGUGUUUCUGAUCAGCAGAUUUUGGGUUUGAGUCCUGAUCAUGGCACUUGUUUCCUUGAG